CGUUUGGCUUUGGCAUUUGAAAACAACUGAAAUUUCAUACAUUACAAACACAAGCGCAUUUUUUUGACUCGAAGAAUAAAACAUUUGCCUUGUUAUGAUAUUUUCUAACGCUACAAUAAGAUAAAAAAAAAAUUGAGGAAAUAUUACAAUAUAUAAAUUAGUGAUAAGUGAAAUAAUAUCGAAUAAUCAAGUACAGUUCCUCGAAGAAGUUAAAUUAAAUUAAUUUUCGUUAAAACAAAACAAAAAGGAAAACACACACAGAAAACAGCAGAGGUAAGAAAUGGUAAAAACACAAACUGAAGUGCAGUGACGUUUGACUGUGUAACGAACGAAGAAAUCAAACAAAAAGAGACGCGCGCGACGGGUUGUGCAGGGAGCAAUUUCAAAGCAAUAGCAAAUUCAUGGUGAAUAUGACACCAGCCCACACAGACUCACCGCUGAGACGUUCGGAGGCGGGAGUCUUGCGAGAUGGCCAGGGACCAAAUGUCACCAUCAACGAUGACGAGGAGGAGCGUAGACAGGCCCGCCGACGUACAAUGCUGUCCACGGGUGGAUCAGAUGCAGCGUGUAUGGAAGAGAAUGAAACGCUUAAAAAAUGCCUGGAAAUAUACAAUGGCAACAAAUUGAGCAAGGAGAAUGCAUGGUCAGUGUCUCUGAUUGAUACAUUGUCAACAUUGCUGAACAGACAUCAUAAAUCCAUGAAUAAUUUUAAGGUUGCUGGUUCUUCUCUGGAAGCAUCCUCUAAAGUCUACAGUCUCCGUGUUGAUUCAAUCCACACCGAUGUGCUGCGUAUGUCUGCCGGUUUAAAUGCCCAAAAGUUCAAUGAAAAGCAAUUACAAAACGAUGAUGAUGACGAGGAUGAUGUGGCCACCGGAGGUGAAGGUGGCAAUGAUCCGAAUGCCAGUGCAGCGGGCGUAGAUGGUGCCGAAAAACAACAGCCACAAAAGAAACAAAAGAAGAAACGCAAUCUAGUUUCAACCAUAACCAAGAACAAAGACACAAUCAAUGCCCGUCUCGACACAGUACCGCUGCAGGAUCCCGUUUUUGGCAAAUUAAAUUCCAUUGUGGGCUCUAUCAACUCCUCCAAUCGUCUUAUGAACAACAUCCUAUUAACCACAGAGUCCGAGCUGAGACUGAGAACAACAUUUGCCAUUUGGGAUUCAACAUCAGUGCCGGUUUGUGAUUAUACGGAAGAGGUUCCAUUGAGUACGGAAAAUGAAGGAGAUUUGGCGGGUUGUGAUCGGCUCUUUAAAAUUUCCAAUAUGAACGAUAUGCAGCUGCGUCCCAUGCAUGGUGGCUAUGUUAUAUCAGAUACACCAGAAGCCACAAACGAUGACAAAGAUAACGAGGUGAGACGCAUGAGUGUGGAUUCCGAUGAUGAUGGACCGCCGGGCUGUUCAGAUGGUGGCGGUGGUUGUGGCAGUGAUAUCUUUGCACCAUUUCAAAAUGCCAACGAAUUGGGUAUGGCAUUUGAUAUGAAUGCUGAAUGUGAACCAGUGCCUGCCUCAAGCGAACAUGUACCAAUAAUGGAUGUUGAUUAUGAGGAAUUGGAUGAUGAUUUGACAGUGGAGGAACGUGCCGCCAUUAACAAUUGUCGUGGUCUACGCAAAGCACCCGUACUUAUUGAAGAUCUACGGCCGGUCGAUGCAAGUUCAAAGCUGGAAUAUUCUUAUCGACCUUUGGAUAAGAUAUCACAAUUUUGGGCUGGUCCCUCACAUUGGAAGUUCAAAAGGACGCGUCCGAACCGUUUAACACUCGCCGCUCAGCAGCAGCAUCUCUCGUCGGAGGGUGUAGCGGGACGCUUAAAUCAAAGGGCGAAACGAAACAAGGCCGCCUUGGAUAAAAAGAAAUCAAAACAAUUAACAUUUGGCGAAUUUCACGAUGAGCUGUUCCUUAAACUGGAUGACAAAUACAAAAGUCGAAAGGCGAAUAUACAAAAGAAAUGGGAUCAGCGUAAACUUAAGUUACCCAUGGACUUGCAAGUUGAUCCUCUGCGUUUUCAAAGCUAUAGAUUAGCACCGGGUUUGACACUCUAUGUAAAACCUGAUGAGCGUGAUAGUGCUGGAACAACAACACUUACUGGUGGAGUGGCCGAUGGGGAUACGUUAACGCAAGAUGAUCAUCAUUUCGAUGACGGUGGAGAUCAUGAUAUGCCCUUCGAUGAUGGUGGUUGUGGCAAUGAAGCUGGUGACGUGACGGCAAUGAAUAGGUCACAUACAAGUGUUCACAAUGAUGCUCAAGAGGCGUUGGGAGCUGGCGUUGAUAAUGUGGAAAAUCUCAAUGAGACCGUCCUUGAAAUAGCCCAUGAAUUUGAAGGAGCACCUUCACAAGUUACAAAAAUUGUGGUGCCGUUUGCAAAACGUGCCAAGGUUAUUGAUAUGAAAAAUCUCAAACGUAGCUGUACACUCCUGCUCAAUAAACAGUUCAAACAGCCCGUGAAAGAGGAAGAUGUUCCCAAACAUCCCAUACCCAAGAAGGAACAAUACCAAGAGGGUAUGGGCAGUUUCCAUGAGAUCUAUGAACACCUGCCCGAAAUAUUACCCAAAGCAAUGGCCGAAUCAUUAUCCACCUCCAUAGCGUUUUACUCGGUGUUACAUUUGGCGAAUGAAUUCGAUUUACGCCUGAUACCCGAAGAUGAUCUGAAAGAUUUCAAAAUACGCAAAGUGACGGGAUAGCUGCUAUACAACCGAAACACGUUUACGUUAAUAAUAUAGUGUGACUCCUUAAUAUUGUUUGUUUUAUAGUAUUUUAUAAUAACUUACACAUACAUAUAAAUAUUAUUUAGUAACUUCAUACCUAGAACUAUUUUAAGUUUCCCUUCUUUCUACGCUAUGGCCCCAGAAGCCCUUUAUGUAUAAUGUAUUAUUACUAUGAUUUGCAAUCUCUACUAUUCUACUUUCUGUUUACUGUAUCAUUUGACUAUAUACAAUUUUCUUGUUCUAAAAUCUAUUCAUUUGCCACGUUAUUUAUGCCAAAAAGAAAACAAACAAACAAACAAAAAUUUUCCAUCUCAUUAACUUCUAAAGUAAUCUUUAUUUUUAAUUUUUCUUUUAUUAGAAAUUUGCCGUCAUGAGAGUUUAAAUUUAAUUUAGUUGUUGUAGCCAAUCCCAUGCUUCAUCAAUAAAACGUCUUUGAAAUCUA